AUGGACGUUCAGACGUUCAAGUUCAGAAGGGGCGACGUACAAAAUCCAAAGAGCCAAAGAUAUUUCACGGGCGGAGGUCCCAAACACGGCGGUGUGUACGCUGGUGGUGGUUGCCACCUUUCAUACGGCGGAGGUGCACUGGUUUCUUCAAGUUCACGUGGUAUCGAACAAGCCUGGGCAUUAAAUCAGAAAAAUGCGGAAUGGGCUGUCAACGUACGUUUCGCUCCGUAUCUACGACAUCCACCAUUUGAGUGCAUGAAGCAGACAUUAACUUGGGACGGCAAGCAGAGUCGCAAGUUCGCAAGCGCCUUUAUGAUGUUGCGGAGGUCCGUUCAGCGGCAUAGAAUGACGGUAAUCCAGCCAUCAUGUCGCUCUGAAAACUCCGCGUAA